AUGACAUCUUGGACAAGAGCGAACGUCAAUAUCUUACUCCUACUGGCAUGUUUUGUUGGCAGCAGCUUUGCCUUUGUGGUGUCACCGCCAUUGACAUACAGUCGAGUAUCCGAGCCAACCUCGUUAUCAUUACCCCACAGCACUACUACUAUUAAUAGUAGCAGCAACACCCGCCUCUACUUCUUUUUCGGCGGUGGGAAUGAUGAUUCCCAAUCCAAAGACAAGGAACUGGCGUUUUAUCCCAAGCUAGCCACCAGUGCCAAUGCUGAUGUCAAAUUCGAAAGUUUGGCCACAUUCAUAUCCACAUGGGCGCAAAAAUUCGAAGACGAUCGCAAGGGAAUGGGCCUCACGACACCCGUCAAGAUUAAAUCCACACUGGAAGAAGAAGCAGAAGACGACGGCACGGUUGUCGAACAAGCUGGAGUCAGAAUUGUCUUUCAACCCACCAAAACAGGGUACAAGAGCAAGAAAGAAGAAAACAAGAAGGAGGAUGGAGAAAAAAAGAAGAAGGGACCUCCCAAGGAGGGUGGUGUACAACUACGAGUCAUCAAGCUUGACAGUGGGGAAGUCCAACUCAAGGCUCGACGAUGUGAUAUUGAUGAAGAUACCACGAUUAAGGAAAUGUCCGAAGAAGCCAUCGUCCAUGAACUCAAAGAAGCUGUGGACGCAUGGAAGAAACAGUAA